GGCUUCAUCUUUGACUAUCUUUCUCAUGGUCACGGUUGUCCUCUAGUAUCGAGGUAUCAAGAUGGUGCCAUCGCUACCAGUUGUUCAGGUCUCUUUCACACCACUCCAUAGUCGUCUGUAGCCAGAUGACUUCGCGUCUCAGGCUCCCAUUCUUGAUAGCUGAAGCUAUUGGGGUCUAUGUUACUUUUACGCCUCCAAACAGUGGUGCUGAACCAGAUGAGAUCGCGCCCACGGGUUUCCGCGAGGAUUUUCUGAACACUAUUACUCGCUACUCUGUGGUAUUUACAAGGGGCAUAUUUGUGUUGGCCGAACUCGCUGAAAUAGGCGUCAUUCUCCCCUCCGUUCUUCCUCCACCUUUGUCAAACCAUCUAUCUGCAGCUCUAUCUGGUUUGGGCCGUCCCCAACGGCUGCGCGUCACACCGUUAUUCGUUUUUGGUACCUUGGCGGGCUCUGCAGCAGGUCUCAUUCGGUACACCUGCUACAGGACCCUUGGUCGUCUAUUCACGUUUCAACUGGGCAUCCGUAAAGAGCAUCAGCUUGUCACGGCCGGUCCAUAUUCAAUUGUCCGUCACCCGAGUUACACAGCACUCGCUUUUGCGAUCGUCGGUGCCGUAUGCUCUCACGCCGCUCCUGGAUCCUGGUUGAGGGAGUCAAACGUCCUACGCACACCGAUAGGGAAGGGGUUAACAAUAGGAUGGAUAGGCAUGAUGGCCGCUGUUUCCGUAGCUUUGUUAAUGAGAAUACCAGAUGAAGAUAGGCUCCUUCAAAAGAAGUUUGGGAAAGAGUGGGACGAGUGGGCGCGAAGAGUGAGAUACAGGGUGAUACCUGGCGUCUACUAGCAGGAUAAACCCCAGGGCCUUGAUCAAAGGGCGAGAAAUGAUACGUGUUUGUCGCCACAUUAUGCUAGUGACUUUUAUGGCAAGGAGCUUUGAUUUUUGUCUUGCUUGUUCAUGACAACCUCACGAAGCCCGUAAGAGUACUGCUAGUUCAAACGUUCAAGCUGCAACGUUGCGGCCUCUUCAAGCCCCCGCUGCCGAGCCGCAACCAAAACCCAGCUCCGACUCGGUACUGUAGUGUGGAUGUCGCAGCUAACGUCAUAUGUAUCGCAUCAUUACCGUGCGAUGGAGUGGAUACAAGACUCGGAUGCAAGUUGAAGUAAACUAAAAUCUAUUCAUCACUUUGCUCUUUUAGUGUAAAAGCUGCCCAAAUUACUAAUGACCCAUGACAUAGGUAAAGAAAGUGAACGUUCCGUUCGGAUACUAGAAGACUGCCACUAGGCAAAACGUGUAACUGUUGUCAUGUUUUAUCACCACUUACAUCGUUUGCCUCGAAGGGUUACGGAAAAUGGAAUUAGCCUGGACUCUAGAUUUAAAACAUUACCCCAGCUUUACGCUCCAUCCCAAAGAAAAUCAUGUCUCUUCUGAAGCUGCCUUUCAUUUUAUCUUCAGCCAUCGGUAUAAAUGUGGCCUACACUCCCCCGAAUGCUCCUCCUGGCAAAGAUGAGAUGUUGAAGCCUAGCUUUCGUGAAGUAUGCCUCAACAAUGCCACAGGCACGCUUACCAUCGUACUGAAGACAACCUUCUGGUUGGCGACGCUAGGUCAAGCUGCCACCAUUAUCCUUCCACUAGUCCCUCCGUCACAGCUUCCAGAGGUCGCAUCAACCCUGUUAGAUGCCUUGGGCGGUCCGGACAAGAGCAGCGUCUCGCCUGCUUUUCUAGUGGGAAGCACACUCGUUUCAUUGGGUGGCUUACUCCGAUGGCAAUGCUACCGUGCUCUGGGCCGGUUGUUCACAUUUCAACUAAGUGUGCGCAAAGAUCACAGACUCGUGAAGGACGGUCCCUACUCCUUCGUCCGUCAUCCAAGUUAUUCGGCCAUAGCGCUAAGUUUUGUGGGCGUUAUAACGAUGUACGCGUCUCCCGGGUCAUGGUUAAGAGAAUCGGGGCUGCUCGAUAAUCGUAUAAUUGGACGAGUUGCUUGGGCUUGGGCUACUUUCAUGGGUCUUACCACGAUCAGCCUUUUCAGGAGAUGUCCUAAGGAGGACCAAAUGAUGAAGAAGGAGUUUGGCAGAGAGUGGGAUGAGUGGUCGAGUAGGGUGAAAUACUGGGUCAUACCAGGUAUCUACUAGGGCUUGAAGCGGGAAUUAUGCAGCUGAUGAUUUGAGUGUAACGCUUUCUUGACUUCUGCACGUUUGUAAUGACCAAUCCGAAAUCAGCUUGAGAUCUUUAUUGUUACUAUUACAUUGCUGCAACUUUGAACA